AUGGGUAGAAUGGGGAACUCGCUCCCAUUGGGAAUGCGUCGAGGUAGAAUGGGGGACCCGCUCCCAUUGGGAAUUGGUCGAGGUAGAAUGGGGAACUCACUCCCAUUGGGAAUGCGUCGAGGUAGAAUGGGGGACCCGCUCCCAUUGGGAAUGCGUCGAGGUAGAAUGGGGAACUCGCUCCCAUUGGGAAAGGGUCGAGGUAGAAUGGGGAACCCGCUCCCAUUGGGAAUGGGUCGGGGUACAAUGGGGGAUUCGCUGACAUUGGGAGUGAGUUGGGGUAGAAUGGGGGACCCGCUCCCAUUGGGAGUGAGUCGGGGUACAAUGGGGGACCCGCUUCCAUUGGGAAUGGGUCGGGGUACAAUGGGGGAUUCGCUGACAUUGGGAGUGAGUUGGGGUAGAAUGGGGGACCCGCUCCCAUUGGGAGUGAGUCGGGGUAGAAUGGGGGACCUGCUCCCAUUGGGAGUGAAUUGGGAUAGAAUGGGGGACUCACUCCCAUUGGGAAAGGGUCAAGGUAGAAUGGGAGACCUGCUCCCAUUGGGAGUGAAUUGGGAUAGAAUGGGGGACUCGCUCCCAUUGGAAAUGGGUCGGGGUACAAUGGGGGACCCGCUCCCAUUGGGAGUGAGUCGGGGUACAAUGGGGGACCCGCUCCCAUUGGGAAUGGGUCGGGGUACAAUGGGGGACCCACUCCCAUUGGGAGUGAGUCGGGGUAGAAUGGGGGACUCGCUCCCAUUGGGAGUGCGUUGGGGUAGAUUGGGGGAGAAUGAGGCACUUGAACAAAUGGGGACUGAGGGGGGUAGAAUGGGGGACUCGCUCCCACGGGGAGACGUCAAGGUGAGAUACAUUGACAUGGUGGUGGGGAGAGGGAUGGGGAAGCUGGAUAAACAUGAUGGACUCGGGGGUGGGGGCGGGGAAGGUGAGAAGGGGGUUUACCAGUUGGGCUGACCCCAUGCUGCAGACACUGAUUCAGCCCCAUUGGUCAGUGGGGCAGGUCUAAAACUCACCGAGUGGCUGGAUUCCAUCAAGGCAGCAUUCCACAGCCUGGAACGGCAGGCUCAG